UACUAUAUCUCUCAUGUAGUUUAUGUAUUAAUGUAGUAAGUGUGUGUACUUAAACACUAUAUCUCUCAUGUAGUUUGUGUAUUAAUGUAGUAAGUGUGUGUACUUAAACACUAUAUCUCUCAUGUAGUUUAUGUAUUAAUGUAGUAAGUGUGUGUACUUAAACACUAUAUAUCUCAUGUAGUUUAUGUAUUAAUGUAGUAAGUGUGUGUACUUAAACACUAUAUCUCUCAUGUAGUUUAUGUAUUAAUGUAGUAAGUGUGUGUACUUAAAUACUAUAUCUCUCAUGUAGUUUGUGUAUUAAUGUAGUAAGUGUGUGUACUUAAACACUAUAUCUCUCAUGUAGUUUGUGUAUUAAUGCAGUAAGAGUGUGUCUACUUAAACACUAUAUCUCUCAUGUAGUUUGUGUAUUAAUGUAGUAAGUGUGUGUACUUAAACACUAUAUCUCUCAUGUAGUUUAUGUAUUAAUGUAGUAAGUGUGUGUACUUAAACACUAUAUCUCUCAUGUAGUUUGUGUAUUAAUGUAGUAAAAGUGUGUGUACUUAAACACUAUAUCUAUAAGUAUGAGUAUAAACCCUCCUGUCCUUCGGGUCCAUGAACGCAUCGCGGCUCUGCGGCUGGAGGCGGACACAUUCCUCUGUCCUCCCCCAGGACCGCUGACCCCCCCCCAGGCUCCGGUGACCACACACUCACUGCGGGUUCUUCUCGUCGGAGCGUGUUCGUGAGGACUUCACGCGCUCACGAGCGGAAGUUUGUUUUGUUUCCACUUUUUUGGGGGGGUCACAUCAGUGAAGUGCACGCGCGUGAGUCCGUGUUGUUACCGUGAGGGCGAUGGGUCUGGAGGUGUCCAGACGGGGCUGAGUGAGAGGAAGGAACCACCUGUUGUGGACGUCUCCCGGAGCUCCUUACGGACAAACACGAGCCCUGACCCCGGACUCCGGAAUGCAGCGAGGCAGGGAGCAUGUCGCCAUGGAGCUCCGGUCGGCAUGAGCCGGGAGGACGCGGUGAGGUGUCUGCGCUGCCUGCUGUACGCACUCAACCUGCUGUUCUGGCUGAUGGCAGCCUGUGUGCUGGGAGUAGCAGCCUGGAUCAGAGACUCCUUGAACACCGUCCUGACUCUGACCGCCCACACCAGGCUGGAGGAAGCUGCCGUCCUCACGUACUCUCCAGCGGUCCACCCCGUCCUCAUCACGGUGUGCUGCUUCCUCUUCAUCGUGGCCAUGGUGGGCUACUGCGGGACCCUCAGGUGUAACCUGCUGCUGCUGUCUUGGUACUUCUGCAGCCUGCUGCUGAUCUUCUGUGUGGAGCUGGCCAGCGCCGUGUGGACCUACGACGAGCCUUCGGUUCAGCGCUCUGAUAUGAUCAGUCUGAAGUCUCGGAUGCAGAACUUUGGCCUGCAGCGUUACCAGUGGCUCACACACACCUGGAACAGCUUCCAGACAGAGUUUAAAUGCUGUGGGGUGAUCUACUUCACUGAUUGGCUGGAGAUGACAGAGAUGGAGUGGCCGCCUGACUCGUGCUGCUCCAAUCAGUAUGCAGGAUGUGCUCGCCACGCCCACUUCCACGACCUCAGCGACCUGCACCAAGAGGGCUGCGGUCCGAAGAUCUACGGCUUCAUUCGAGGGACGAAGGCGCUGCAGGCGCUGCGUUUCCUGGGCGUGUCCAUCGGCGUGGCUCAGAUCCUCGCCAUGGCGCUCACCCUCACCCUGCUCUGGGCGCUUUACUACGGCAGGAAGUCUCCAGAGCCGGACCCCACGGCGCCGGACAACCCGGGCCCCGUCGCCGUGACGACCUCCAAACCCGGAGAACAGCGGUUCGAGAUGGAGCGACUGUCGUAACUCUGCUCAUGGGGUCUGAAGGGUUCGCUCACUUCCUGGUUCCCGAGACCUGGUCUGGACCCGGACAGUGACUUCACUGUGAGCUCAGUAGCUACCAAACAUUAAAGCAGCAGAACGGGAUGUUUGAUUUCGUCACCAGCCUCUGCAGAUGAGCUCUGAACAUCCCAAUAUUUAUUAUUUCACUGGAAAGUCUUUUAUGGAGCAUGUGAUAUUUAUUAUUUAUGCAUUAUUGAUUCAUAUCAGUUCAUCUCAACAUUCAUCACAUAGCAACUCAAACAUCUAGAAGAUUUAAUUAUAUUAAUAAUAUAAUAUUUGAAUGUCUUCAGAGGAUCUUCCAGUUGAGAAGAUGAAAUGCUGUUCAGAUGUUAUGAAGUUAUGAAAUUAUGAAGUUAUGAUAUUCAGAAAUUAUGUGGUUCAGAAGUUAUGAGAUUCAGAAGUUAUGAAGUUAUGAGGUUCGGAAGUUCUUCAGGAUUUAUUCGUGGUUCAACGGUGGAAAACUGACCUUUAAGGUUCUUUGGAUCUUUUUUCCCUGAAGGAGGUCCAGGACCAUGACAGAAACAUGGUGGACUCCUUGAGCUCCUUCUGGAGGAGCUUCAUAUCAAACCAGGAGGAGGAGGAGCUUCUGAUCAUAACCAGGAGGAGGAGGAGCUUCAUAUCAAACCAGGAGAAGGAGGAGCUUCAUAUCAAACCAGGAGGAGGAGC